UGAAGGACAGCGCAUCAAGGAAGCUAUACUACUUCUAUUCCUAACACAAUAAUGGCUGCUACUCAACUGCUCUGUUGUUCCCUGAAUCUACCAAUCGACAUUGGAGGGUCAACGAUGUCUCUACCGUUGCUUUGAAGCCGCCAUUACCUCCGUUGCUCCUGUGGUCUUGCUGAUCUCCCAUAAUGCAUUGCAAGAAGCUUUUGCAUACCUCAGAUAGACCAAUGUAACCGUUGCCACCACUCCAGCUAGUCCUGAUCACAGCAACCAAGUAAGAAGGUCCUCCCUGACUGAUCUGACAAGUGUCUGACUGCAGUCAUGGCCGGUUCUGGAGACUUACCAGCCUUAGAGGGCUCUGGGAUGGGCGGGAUGAAACUCCCCAUCGGAAUGACUCGACGGGCUCUUAGCUACGACGAUAACCUGGAGGCCCCCAUGUCCACGCCACCCCAUGACAUCAGCAUCAACAACCUGUGGAGGCGACCCAUCAUCCCAGAGAGGAAGUUCUCACAGCUGGCUGAGGAGGAUGAGAGCGGUGCAGUCAAACAGUCUUCAGUGCAGAACAGCGCCCCCCCCAAAGCACCGGCCGUAGUGAAAACCAAGGCCUCCUCCAUCAUCAUGAACUCCCUCAUCACCAAACAAACUCAGGAAAGUAUGUACAAGUUUGAGCAGAGCGCAGGACUCACCGACACCAGCUACACACCUCACAAAGGCCUCACUGCUGAGGAGACCAGACACCACCAUCGCAUGCCUGAAUCCCUCCAGAAACUGCAGAUUCAGAACAUGGAGGUCAAAGAAGAGAGGAACUCCUCGGCUCAGUCCACUCCAUCCAACACACCACACAGCUCACCCAAACAACAGCGCAGGGGCUGGUUUGGCAGUACGAGCUCAGAGGUCAGUAUGAGCUCCUCUGGCAGCAGCGUGGACAUGGGAGGAGGAGAGACGGCUGCAGGCGGCGCUGUUGAACGGUGGGGCGUGUUCGGCCCGCGGCCGCUCAUCCAGAACUCGGCCUCAGACCUGGGAUCAGACAGCACACCUGCAGCAGGCUUUGCGGUGCAGGUGUAUCGCGGAGCCCAGAAGCCGACCCCAAUGGAGGUGAUGAAGUCCCAGGCCACGCGGCUUGUUGAUAACCCCCAGAAGGAGUCACCACCCAAGAUGGAGAUCCCCACAGUGGAGGGUCGACGGCAUGGAGCACGCCCACACAAGCUCAAACACCGAGACAUGAACAUCCUGACACCAUCCGGCUUCUGAGAUGGCGCCAUGGCAACUAGCCCCCAAAGGUCCCAUGAAAACCUGUCAGUGUUACCACAGACUUGUCUCCAGAGCCAGGUCCACUGUUACCAGAGCCAGGUCCCCCUUCACCAGAACCAGGAUGAGUCUCGGCUGCUCCAGCUUGGAUCUUAUUCUCCUCCAUUUGUCUGUCAUAAGUAACUAGAACAACGGUUUAUUUAGGAGGGAACAUAAACAUCAACAACAUCCACCAGAACCAGAUCCCAGUCAGGAGAGUUAUCAGAGGUCUGAUGGUCCUGACCAAUCAGAAUCUUACUAGUAGCCCUGGUUGGGUUUUAGCUCCUCCUCACUGAUUCAUCUGAUUGGUUAGAGUUAUUGUGAUGGAAGAUUUCUUUCAUUGAAUCAGCUGCUGAGGUUUUUCUGGACCCAUCAGUCAGAACCCUGCACCAGACCAUCAGGUUCAUUCAGAGGUUAUUGUCCAACUUCCUGUUUUGCUACUAAAUAAGGGAGAUUAUGUAAUCCUGGUAAACUGUUGGCUUGUUUACGACCUCCGUUAUCAGCCGAGCAGUUGUUCCCUGGACUUUGUUGUAUUGAUGUCAGUGUGUCCCCUAAACUCUUCACAGUGAUGACAGAAGUUUCAGCUGAUACCUCAGUUGUUUUUCUCAUCGUUAGUGAGAUCUGAAGAUGAGCUGUUUACUUUCCUCCAUCUUUGGUUUCAUGGGACCUUUGACAGUAGCUGUAACCAUUCAGAUAAACAUCAUGAAGUCAAACAUGUGUGACCAGAACAAAUCAUUUCCGUCUGUGCUGCUUUCAAGCUUGUAAUGUGUUGCUUGGCUGUCAAAUCAAACAUUUAUCACAGAACCUUUAUAUCAAAUUGACAAAAAAAAAUCAGAUAUGAUUAAAACUGGGGUUACUGAUGACUGACCAGCUGAUGCACUUUCUCCCCAUCACACCAGUUAUAUAAUCCAGGAUGCAGAUUAACACCCCACAGGUUCCUGGCUGUUUGUUGAAGGUUUUUAUGUUCUGUCCCGAUGUCCUGGUCUCAUUCUGUUAAAGGGACAUUUCACUGAGCAGUAUGGGAAGAAUAUGGUGAUCCAGUUCCAUCAAGUCUUAACCAAACACAACAAAAAUUUAGAAUAUAUUAUAAAAAAUGUCUCAGGAAAGUUGUCUGGCUCCUGCUCACUGAGAUGUUCCUGGUUUUUCUUUUCUACAGAUUAAAUAUUUUCCUAGGAGAUAAAAAAUAUUUCUUUCCUCUGAAACGAACCACAACAGAAAAGAAGUCAAAUCUUUGAGUAUGCAAGCUUUUUUUUUUAUACUAAAAGAUUAAUUUGAAGAAUUUUUAUUUUAUUUUGGGAACAUUUGCGGCUGCUGUGUGCACUUCAACUGACUGCAUCCGGCAGAAACUUCCAUCAUUUGAUAAAAUCUGUCAUUUACAGAUAAAUCAGAGGUUUUUAGUUGACAGCAUGUUGUAUGUGAGGUUUCUGCACUGUUCCCGCGGAGCCUUGAGGUUUCCCUGUUAGAGAAAAUGCAGCUUACGGUUACCAAUUUGCACUUUUCUUCACCACGUGAAUUUGUGCUGGUGUUUGAUGUGAUGAUGAGCCAACACGGAUUGUUUUGUUUUUCAUGAAAACUGAAGUUUGUGACCUGUGACUCUGCUGUGCUGUUAGUUGUCGGCCUCAUCACCUUUCAUGAAACGGACGUUAAUCUGGCCACUGAAGAAAUCCCACUUUGUUCUCACUAACGGUAGAUAUUAGAUGUGACUGUUUAAGUUUAGAUGUUUGUGUCUGUCAGAGUUGUUCUAUUCCGACUGAAUGUUCAUCCUUUCUUUGGUUUCCAGUUUGUACAGUUUAGUUUUCUCUGCCAACACACUUUGACAAUAAAUGUUCCAUUCUCACCAGAAAAAA